AUGUUGGUGACCUAUUUGGAAGCCAGCCGGGACCUAUGCGAGAUGGACUCAAUUCUCUUUGGCGCCGCACUGGAAGUCUGCCGUAUUAUAGGCGCCAAACUUUCCACGGCUGGACGCACUACUGGACAAAGUAGUGCUAUCCCAGCCUGGAGAACAAGAAUUGAAGAACGUAUCGCAAAGGCUAGGGCCCUCAUCGGCAGACUGAUAUGCUUCAGGUCAGGCAAUACCAGGCCAAGGAUUGUACGCACCGUCAGGAUGGCGUUUGCUGGGACAAAUGUUAGUUUGUCCCAGCCGGAUAUAAUGCAAAAACUGACGGAGCGCAUAGACGACCUGAAGCAGAGAAUCGCUGCUUGGGGAAAGCGAAUUCGGCGAUAUACCGAGAAGUCGACACGGUUUAAUCAGAAUCGUCUCUUCCAGAGUGAUCAGAAGAGGCUCUAUAAAUCAUUGGAGCGACCAAUGGUAAGUGGAACGGGCCCAGCACCGAAUCAGGCCGACACGGUCGCAUUCUGGCGCAGCCUGUGGUCAGAGCCCGUAAACCACAACGAGGGCCCUUGGACGGAAGUUGUGGCGAGUAAAUUUACGGAUUUUCUCAGCAAAGUAAAUUUGAGAACUGGACGAGAUAAUUUGGACAGGAUACUUGUCUUAUUCUUCAUCACCAGUCCAUAG